UCUCCAGAACACGCAGAAAUUGUUUGAUACAUUUAACAGACAAAUGAAGCCAAGUCCCAACAUGGAGAAACAGCAGAACUCUGUCAAGAGUUUUACUAAACAGAGUAAUCUCAAAAAACACCAGCGCAUUCACACAGGAGAGAAACCGUAUCAGUGCUCAGAUUGUGGGAAGAGUUUUACUAAACAGAGUAAUCUCAAAAAACACCAGCGCAUUCACACAGGAGAGAAACCGUAUCAUUGCUCAGACUGUGGGAAGAGAUUUAAUCAAGGCGGUCAUCUCCAACACCACCAGCGCAUUCACACAGGAGAGAAACCGUAUCACUGCUCAGACUGUGGGAAGAGAUUUAUUGAACAGAGUACUCUCAAACGACACCAGCGCAUUCACACAGGAGAGAAACCGUAUUACUGCACAGACUGUGGGAAGAGUUUUAAUAGACUGGAGACUCUAAAACUGCAUCAGCGCAUUCACACAGGAGAGAAACCGUAUCACUGCUUCAAGUGUGGGACGAGUUUUACUGUACAGAGUAAUCUCAAAAUACACCAGCGCAUUCACACAGGAGAGAAACCGUAUUACUGCUCAGACUGUGGUAUGAGUUUUACUCAACAGAGUCAACUAAAACUGCACCAGCGCAUUCACACAGGAGAGAAACCGUAUUACUGCUCAGACUGUGGGAAAAGUUUUAAUCAACAGAGUACUUUCCAAAUACAUCAGCGCAUUCACACAGGAGAGAAACCGUAUUACUGCUCAGACUGUGGGAGGAAUUUUAAUCAUCAGAGUAAUCUCAAAAACCACCAGCGCAUUCACACAGGAGAGAAACCGCAUCAUUGCUCAGACUGUGGGAAGAGUUUUACUACACAGAGUAAACUCAAAAAUCACCAGCGCAUUCACACAGGGGAGAAACCAUAUUACUGCUCAGACUGUGGGAAGUGUUUUACUACCCAGAGUACUCUCAAAAAACACCAGCGCAUUCACACAGGAGAGAAACCGUAUCACUGCUCAGACUGUGGGAAGAGUUUUAAUCAACAGAGUCAUUUCAAAACACACCAGCGCAUUCACACAGGGGAGAAACCGUAUCACUGCUCAGACUGUGGGAAGAGUUUUACUUCACAGAGUGAUCUCAAACGACACCAGCGAAUUCACACAGGAGAGAAAACUGUCCCACAUUUGUCCCACAGCAAUUAAAAGUGCAAAUCGUAAAUCUUUCAGACAGAACACCUUAUCCUACACAAAUAUUUCACUCUGUCACUUGGGACACGUUCCACCAGAAACAAACAUGAACUAAAUUUAAUCAUGGAUUUAACAGGUUCAGCAAAAUGAAUCUUAACCAGGGAUGAUGUUUAUUGAAUUCCAUGUUGUGUUUUCUCGUAUGUUUAAUAUUCCAGGACAUUCUUUGUGAGACAGAGUUCAGUUCUGAAGAAGGAGAGGUAUUUUGGGUUUGAGUGAGGGCACUGCCAGUGUGUGGACACUGAGAGCUCCCAAAAGUGAGACCCAGAGCCACAGAGAGACGACACUGUGCCGGGUACUGCCGUGUUGACCGGAGGAGCCUCCAGACCCCGCAGAGAGGCCAACAAAAUCCUUUCCAGAGGUUAAAUAAAACGGUCAGCCGUAGUUCCCAUACUGAAAUCAACCUCCUCCAGGCUUGUGUAGUGCAGUGAGGUUGUGGACACAUUUACUCCCUCUGCUGGUGUUCUCAUUUGUCUAUGGUUCAGUCGUUCUGAUUAAAAAUCUGUUACCAUAGAAGGAUAUAGAUGGUAGAGGUGUGCCAAAAAAUCGAUUCACAUAAGAAUCUUGAUUCUCAUUUACUACGAUUCAGAAUCGAUUUAAAAUGUCCCAAAAUCGAUUCUGAGGGGCGGGUUUUAGACUGAUUUUGGGCUGGGUAUUUUUGUUGGACCUGGCAACCCUGGGGAUAGCGCUUGUCCUUUCAAACGGAGAUCUUCCAGACACACACAGAGCGUAGGUGUUUGAGAAUCACCGGUAAGAUGGCAGAACAAGCACUAUAUUACAUUAGAUUAACGUGUAGUUUCAAUGUUUUAUGGCAGAAUGCUUCAUAACAAGCAUAAAAAAGAUCGCUAGUAGUUAGUUUCAGUAACUGUUAGCUAGCUAACUAGCUAACUUUCCAGUUCCACCUUAAAUAACGCUACAGGUGGCAGCGGGCUGCAGCAUUUAAGGCGGAACGGAAAAAUACAAUAAGCUAAUCAGAGCUAAUUUCAGCUCCUCAUCACAGAGGAAUUAAGGAAUGGACCAUAUGAAUUAAUUUCUCCACCUCCUGCCCCCUUUCUGAAGAAAUACAACGACCUUAAAUUAACUAGUUAAUCAGCAGCUGCUCCUGAACUUUAGCGCUCCACUGCUAUCAUCACAUCAGCCCAGCAGCGUCACCUACACACCACCGCUAGUAGCCUGGUAAUAAAGCAGUGUUAUUUAUUAUUUAUUUAUUGUUCAUUAACGUCAUUGUGAUAUCCCAGUGAUUCCUCUGUCACUGAGGACCCACAUUCCUGCACAUUUUAUUGUUUUUGUAACACAUUACCUGCUCCAGGACCAGUGUAUAUUAUGGAGGGUUUUUUUUUCAAUAAGAUUCAUAAGCCAGAAGCAGAAAUUUUUAUAAUUCAAAUCGUUUUGAAUCAAAAAUCGAUUUUGAAUCGAAUCGUGGCCCCCAAAAUCGGAAUCGAAUCGAAUCGUGAGAUAGUAAACGAUUCCCACCCCUAAUAGAUGGAUAUUUGGUCAUUGUAUUACUCAAGUUUUAUACUCGCUUAUCUUUUUCUUAUUGAAUAUUAUAUGUUGCUGAAGGUUUUUUUUUAAUCUUUUUUAAUCUUUACUAAGAAUAUCCAAAUCAUGUAGUUUUUAAAUUGUUUUUAUCCACUACAAACUAUUAUCUUUGUAUUGCUUCACCUCUAUAUUUACUCAUCUGUGUGUCUUAAUAAAUGGCUUUUAUAUUGCA